AUGUCUACUAUUACACAAGCAGACCUAGCUAGCCUGGAUGAUGGCUCUAAAAAGGAGAUCAUGACGUUUUUGGAAUCAGAAAACUCCAAACAAAAAGUUCAGAUGUCAAUUCAUCAGUUCACGAAUAUGUGCUUUAAAAACUGUGUCAGCUCGGUAAAUGACGCAAACUUGAGCUCCCAAGAGGAACAUUGCCUCAACAAUUGUAUUAAUAGGUUUUUGGACACGAACAUUCGUAUUGUCAAAGGGUUGCAGGGCCUUCAGUGA